GCUUUCGUAUUUAUCGUAUCUCGACAGCGUCUCUGGAAUACGCUGUGUGCCGCCCCCUGAGUCCUAGCUCACGCAACUAUACGUUGAAUGCAGAACUAUGCUUUCGUCAUUUCAGGUCUAGGAAGGGGGAGGCAAACGAAAUUGGCGCUAGCAGUACCGUCCAGGAGCGUAGUGCUUAGUCACGGAGGAGCACUGGUCUUGCUGACUGAUUGGACGACAAAAGGUCACACCAUCCACCUGGGAUCACAGUAGGAAAGUCGACUGAAUUGUUCUAGCCGACAGGGGUUCCAUGAGGUUGCUCGAAGCCCGCAGAUAGCUAUUGUUUACCUCACAUAUUCCAGAAACCUGUGGCCUGUAUCCGACUUCUCCUGCCAAUCGAGGGCCGGGGUAUGUCUUACAAGCAUGAAAAGACAGCGUACCAAAUGUUUCACUGGGUGUUGGACUUGUCGAUCGCGGCGAGUCAAGUGCGAUGAAGCAGCACCAGAAUGCGAGCGCUGUCGUCAGAUGGGUGUGACGUGCGAGGGUUAUGGCCUUCGCCUGAGUUGGGUACAAUACGAUCCGCACAACACAGUGGAUCCUGAACAAGAUCAACAUGGCCGCGAACGUUCCAACCAGCCAGAGCUGCGAGCAUCAAGGAGAUCAUUAGCCCCUCACAGUGUCACCUCGUCUCUCGAACGCAUACCUUCUCCAGAGCUAGAUGUUACACUAACUACUCUUGAUGAAUGGCGUCCUGGGAUGUCGUCAGAGGUCGAAGACGGAGCAUUUGGUGUGUUCACUGUGCACACAUCUGCACCGCAACGCUCUCAUACGAAUGCACCCGCUUCUCAAAGCUCCCAUGAUGUCGCAGACACCAUCGACCAAUCUAUACACUUCGUGGUGUCUGCGCCCGAAAUGAACAAGAACGAAGAUGACAUCAUAUUUGUGACCCCGGCUCAGAGUUUCGACGAAACUCACGCAGACUCAAUGACUGCUGCUCAAAGCCCACCAAACUUAUGCGGACAAAAUCGACACGCUCUACCGCGCCAUCUUGAUGCGCUGUCCGCGCCUUCCAAACAGAAACGGCUCAUACACCACUGGAUCACGUUCACCAGCCGCAAGAUCGUGCUAAUCGAUGAACCGCACAACCCCUGUCGUACUAUGAUGCUACCUAUGGCUUUGAAAGGUCUCAUAUCCCAGGCAGAAGGCUCUAAUGCUGACAUAGCCAUCUUCCACGCCCUAUGUGCAUCAGCUGCCUACAACCUAUUCGAGCUAUCUGGUCGAAGCAAUGAGCAAGACCGUGUCCUCGCUCUGUACCACGACAAUGAAGCCGUCCAUCACCUUCGACACAACCUAGCACGAGCAGAUGAGCACCGCGACCAGUCCUUCGCCAUGGCCAUCAUGGCAUGCAUCGCUGUCGAAGCAGUUUCCGGCACCACACAGAGAUGGCGAACACACGUAUCUGGCGGGCUGGCGUAUCUGGCGCAGUUGCAAUCUCAAGGCUUGCCCGAAGUUGCUCUAUCCGCAUUUCGACAACACAUGGUCAAGAUGGCCAUCAUGUGUGGGUUUCAAGUACCGGGCCACCUCAAGGCCUUUCUGGGCGAUGAAAGUGGAGCUUCAGACGGCCUAGAGUUCACAUUCCCUUACUAUGGCGUAUCGAGGUCUUUCCUGCGAGCUCACGACCGCAUCAACAGUCUCUUGAUAAGUUCUUCAGGAGAUAGAACACCCGAGCAGGAGAAGGAGCUGGAUACAUUUGAGCUGCAACUGUACCUCGACUUCCCCGGUACACCUCCACAAGCUGCACCAUCAGCAAUGGCCAACCCCAAGAACAGUGUCGUUAUCCAUCAUACUUCCACAGUCUUCUACUAUGCCGGACUCGUCUUCUUCCAGCGAAGUGUACGAAACGCUCCAGUAGCAGCGGUCCAGGAUCUCGUUCAUCUCGGGCUGCAAGAACUCGAGUCCAUCGAUCAUGUCGGCCAGGGUGCGCUCGGCUGUCUGAUGUUGUGGCCUGUGCUAGUCCUUGGAGCCGAAUGCGGCGGGUCAGCGUUGCAACAGCGCGUGCGAACCUGGUUCCAGGCCCAACGUAAGCUUGGCUUCAGGAACUUGGUCGUCCUGGAAGAUCUUGUGGCAACCGUGUGGCGGACAAGAGCUGUGCCCGGUGCGGACAAAGCCAAUGCGGACUGGCGGCGACUUAUUGCACAAGCUCAAUUCGAUGUUUUUCGGCUCUAGUCUACACAGGUGUAUUGCAGUCCUGCUCUUUUCUAACGCUAUCGCGCCCUCU